GUCAGUAGUAGUACAGUAGUAGUAGUAGUGGUGGUGGCGUCAGUAGUAGUACAGUAGUGGUGGUGGUGUCAGUAGUAGUACAGUAGUGGUGGUGGUGGUGGUGUCAGUAGUAGUACAGUAGUAGUAGUAGUGGUGGUGGCGUCAGUAGUAGUACAGUAGUGGUGGUGGUGUCAGUAGUAGUACAGUAGUAGUAGUAGUGGUGGUGGCGUCAGUAGUAGUACAGUAGUGGUGGUGGUGGUGUCAGUAGUAGUACAGUAGUAGUAGUAGUGGUGGUGGCGUCAGUAGUAGUACAGUAGUGGUGGUGGUGGUGGCGGCAGUAGUAGUACAGUAGUGGUGGUGGCGGCGUCAGUGGCGGCAUGGCGGAGGCCGUGCGGCCUCGUCGUAAACAAAGACAGCGCGCGGCCCCGGCCAAGGACAAAAACAAGUUAUCAAAGACCUACGAUGAUGUUGAACAACCCGGACCUCCCAAAGCCACAAGAGAAGACUCUCAGGUGGACAGUUCUCAUGAAAUCGCUGGCGAACACAGAGUACGUGGGGAGCAACAGCGUGAAAGAACAUGCGCUGGACCAGAGACGCCAGAGUCCUUGCCCAAGGCGCCGGAGGAAACUGCCAAAUUGGAGAGCGCACAACCGAUUCUCCCGGACGCGUGGAAGGCUGGCGAUGUGGGAAAAGUACAAAAACUGCUCCCAACUGCCCCCACUGAUGUCUCCACGCAUGUAGACUUGGCAAAGGAUUCGUGGACAGACUUGGAGUCAGAGGUUCACGUUCCCGAAGGCCGACUGGUGGGCACCAAAUGUCGUGUUCCGGCAGAAGCGCCUGCCCCUUUGUAUCCUGCGCUGAGCCAAGUGGAAGGAGAAGGUGCAGCACUUGUGGAGGUUUCAGAAGAGGCAGCGGAUCUUGUCGAAGCAUUCCCAAGCAUGGACGUGGGGGCAUCGUUUGAGUUGGGCAAAAGUACGGCGGUACUGCACGUUGCCAAAAGUGCUGAGAGGUUGCGGUCCCACAGGGAACUUGUCGCGCAAAUGAGCAGCGUGACCAUCGAGAAGCUUUACCCGGAGUUACCGAGGGAAGUGGCAGACGAGAGGGUUCACGCAUCACAAGAGAAAGAAAUUGAAGAGGAGAAGGAAGCCGAUGCAGCUUUCUCGUACGAGCAGCUGCGCAUGCUCUACCCGUGCUCCUGGCUUGAGGGCCCGGUGGCAAUGGUGACCAUGGAGGAGGAGUUUUCGGCGCAGGCUCGGCAGGAGGGCCACGAGCUGCACGAGCUGCUGCUGCACUACCUGCGCUGCCGGCGUGAGCUGCUCUCGGCCCAGGCUCAGCUCCAGGCCAUGCUGUCCGAAUACAAGGCCCUCAAGCGCCGCCUGUGGAUCUUCACUGAGGGCCAAGCCACUGCACAGGGCAUAUGUGCAGACAAGGUGAAGGUUACUGGGAAGCACCACUUCCAGACGGUGGAGCUGAACGCCGGGGCGUUCACGGAGCUGCAACGGCUGCUCAAGGCCCGGUCGGAGCUGCUUUACCAGACGCUGGCACUGCACACGUACACUUCGGUGCUGUCUCGCUUGCAGGUGGAGUCCUACCUCCACCACCUGCUGCGCCAGACACCCGCCUUCCGUGCCUUCACGCACAGCGUGGACAGCCCCCCAGAACGACGCACUGCGAAGUCUAAGUGCACGGUCAGCGAGCUGCUGCAGCUGACGAGAAGCGUCAGCGUUCUGUUCGGCUUCAAGCGUCGAUCUAUCGCCGAUGCACAGUUCAACUCGGACGUGCAAGGGUGGCUGCAACAAUUGGUGGCUGUGCUCCUGAGGGUCGGCUCGAUAAAUGAGGAUAUUUUUCUUUUGAACCACGUUCUUCGCUGCCCAGCAGGAGUGGCUGAGUGGGCUGCGCCCUUUUUGCAGAUCAGAAUGGGCGAAGGGCCAGGGAUUGUGUCUCGGUUUAUGAAGCCUUUGGCAGUGCUCAUGUCACCUGUGCGCAAUCGCAGUGAGUUCCUGUGCCAGCUGAAAGCGGUGGAGAAACCGCCAUUCCCCGUGUCGGCUCAAGCCGCCGGUGAGAAGCAGCAGCUCUGGACGUUUGUGGAUGAAGCCGGAGAAGAGGAAGAAAAUGAAGACAGCUGGCUUCUACUGCUCGAAAAUGACCUGGUCGCACUCUUCUGCCAGUUCCCUUUCCAAGAGCUCUUUCAGAAACUUCUGGGAAUGCAAGAUGAUGGCACGUACACAGUGGCCCAAUCAACAAGCGGUGAGAUGAUGAAGCUGCUGGCUGUGGCGGGAGCUGUCAUCGAGGUCCUGGCCUCAGGCCUGGAAACCUUCAACAGGGUUCGCUAUCGACAGUUUGUCAAGCGCAUCGGGCAGACGAUGAGGCUCACCGUGUCGCACGUGAGCGACUGCUGGAGCCGCUUUUCUCAACAGCACCGCGAUUCCGUCGCCUCGGCUGCCGCCCUUCGGCAGUACGGUCUGGGCAAGCUGCAGGCCGAGUUUGACCAGCUCUUUCUCCGCACGGCCGCGUUCGUGAUGAGGACUAAGCGGUUGGGAAUUUGGCAGUUCAUGUCGGAGAUGCCAUACGGAAGGCUGUCCAUGCCCAUGCUGUGGCGGCUAUAUUGCAGCUUGCAUCUCUCAGAGCGUGAGGGGCUGGAGCCAUACAUGCGUCUGUCUGUGACCGAGUGCAAGGCUAAGCUACUUGACAAAGAGUUUUGCGACACGUUUGAAGAGUACUUGUCCGGCCUGGAUGAGUCAGAGGCGAUCUUCCUUCUCACCGCUUUCGGAAAAAUGGCCCAGGCACAGAGAGAGGAUGACGACGAGGAGCUAGUGAGCACCAUAACACUGGAGAUAUACCGGGUCGCAUACGUGAGCGCCCAGACCAGGGAGCUGUGCUCCAAGGUGGGCCGGGAGCUGCUGGUGGUCAUCGCCGGUGCUCACCCAUACGUCGUGUCGCUGCUGCUGGCGCAGGCAAAAGACAACCUGGACCAGGUCGGAUUGGCUGCUUUGUACCUCUUCAAGGAGCUUCCGUUGACUUGGUGGCGGCCCACGUCAGAGGACAUGAUCCUGCUUGGGAACUGGUUGGUUGAGAAUGGGCUCCUGACUGUUCAGAAUAAGCUCACGUGCCUCAUCUUGGAGGGCAUGAACUGGGGCCUGAAUGCACAGGGCACUGGCCUCGCUGUGGAUUCUUCUGUACAUCUGGAGGUGGCCUUGCUGGUGAUGGAGGCCUACCAGCGCUUCCUCGCCAACAAGCCAUACGGGGGCAUCAUCAGCGAGAGCAUCAAGCAGGUGUCGUACCUGGCCAGCGUGGUGCGUGCCAGUCAAUCUCCCGAGAGCAUCUUCAAUGCAUGGGCGUGGGAGCUGGUGCUGCGGCUGAAGCUGCACCACAUGGACUGGAUCCUCCCAGGGGGGGCGGGUGUGACGACGCCGCCGCCACCGCGCGCCGUGCCGGACUUGGCGGCCGACACGGAGCUGCACCCCCUGCGCAAGGCGGUGGCCGCUGGGAUCCCGCUGGGCUGCUACCUGGCGUUGUCCAUCACCACGCUGGGGCACAGUGUGGAAGAAUUCUGUGCAAAGGGCGUGCUUUUGCUUUCCGCACUGGUGGACGCUCGCUGCCUCCGGGCCACCGUGUUCACUCUGGCCAAGAUCCUGCCCCGCUUCUACUCAUGCCCAUUCUACCUCCUCAAGAACCAACAAUUUCUGCAGCUGGUGCAGACGUUCCUGCAGGUGGACGGCGGGGUGGCGCAGGGUGUGACUCAGCAGGUGACCCACAAAGUCACACAGCAUUUCUCCAGCGCCCUGGCUUUCGGAGAAAAUGUCCGGCUCCUGAACAGCGUCAUACAGGCCCAUGUUUCCGACAGCUGCCACCCGGGAGGUGUGGGUCCUGCGGCCGUGCUGGACUUCUGGUGCCAGCUGCUCACGAGUUUCGGGGGCUGGUACCGCGAGCCGCUCGGCCUCUUCCUGCUUGACCAGCUGUGCAAGGCGGCUUUCUACCACCGGCAGGAGGAAGUUCUGCACAAAGUCUUCUACCUCCUCCACAAGACCGCCCUCGGGUACCACGGGGACAAGGGAAUUGUCUCGUCCCUGAUCAGCUGGGUGGUGUCAGGAAAUCCAACGCCUUCUUUCAUAGAGGGAGAGGCGAAUUCUUCAGAGGUGUGGUUUGCAUGGACGGUGCUGAACACAGAAGCAAUCUUCGAGGAGGACUCCCAGGUCAGGAAGCACGUGGAGUUGGAGUUGCAGACGAACCCCAUGUUCAGCCCCGAGCAAGCCCUGAAGAAGGCACAGAGCAAGCUGAAAAUGCCAGUGGCGCCAUCGCCCCAGCGUCUCAUGGUGUACCGCUGGGCACAGCAGGCUCUGGUCACACCAGAGGACCACCCCGUGCUCCCUCUCAUCUGGCAGAAAUUUCUCCUCCUCUACCUGCACAGGCCAGGCCAGGAGACCGGGAUGCCAUACGGGGGCAGCGUGGGUAGCCGCUUCUUCCAGGCGCCGGCGCAGCGCGCUCUGCUGGACAGGCUGAAGAAGCGACUGGCAGAGCUUGCCGACUACCACCAUGGUGCCAGCAAAGCGGUUCGAGCCCCGCAGACCUUCAAUGUCGGCACCACAGGUCCACCAGCGCCUCCGGUUCCUACAUCAUCGUCGUCGCCUGCACGGCCGCAGCAGCCUCACACCUCUCCGUCCGCCCCUUCUGCUACGGCUGCAGCGACUGCGCUUGAACUGCACAAGGAGCUUGUGAAGCUGUUUCACCUGUUCCAUUGUUGGCUUGAUGACGAGAAGCUGCAGGGCGCCGACCUGUACCUCCCAUCUGUUCCUCUGCACUACGACCCCCACAGGAUGGUGCGCAUCUUCAACAACGACCAGGACCUGUGGCUGGAGUUUGUGGACAUGACCCUGAUAGGUCGCGACCUUGCGGGAUGCCGUAACGAUUGGCUGAAGGAGCUGCAGAAUAAUGGUGUUUUGACCCCUGGCAGCAACACGGCACCUGGGGAGCUUGGGAAGAGCGUAAGCCGGGGUUUACCUCCGAGACCCAAGCGGCCUUGUGAGCCUCCCCCGCUGCCCUGGCUGAAGGCCCCGGUGCCGGCUGUGGUGGCGUCCUGCCUGUGCGACGACCGGGUCGCCGAGCAGCUCGUCGCCAAAGACCUGCAGGUGCUGCAGCAGCAGGCCUGCCAAGCAACAGUGCGGGAGUGCAGGCAGGUGGCGCUGGACCAGGACCUGCUCGAGUUGCUGCCCGGGCUCUACUACAACGGGGAGGACCAGGAGGUGCUGCAGCUGGAGUGCAGGCCCGGCUACACCUCCUCCUCCACGCACUCCUGCACUGGGGCUGCCACCGUCACCAUCAAGUUUGAGCGCGCCUACAUGAAUGAGCGAAUCAAGCAGCAGCUGCAUGACACACGCGUGGAGGCCAAGCAGCUGCUGGCUGAGACGAGUCAGCUGCCACACCGCCGCGUUCCCGAGGCCGUCGUGCACACAGAGGAGCUGCUCACAGCCCUGAUCAAUGAGUACAAGGUGCAGCCCAAGGUGGGGAUGCGGGAGACGGGGGUGGCGCUCUUCUACCUCAUGGUGUCGUUUGUGAGCGAGGAGACGACGCGAUACCCACCCAGCCGCCAGUUCCUUUCCUCCUGCCUCGAGGUCCUCGGACAGAUGUUCAUCUCUGGCGUGGAGACCGAGAGCGAACGGCUGCUGCAGACCGUGCUCAAGAACAGCUGCCUGUGCAGCCUCCUGUCGCCGCACUUCACACCCAACGCCGCCCCGCGCGCCUUCGUCGGGAUGUACGGCCUCGUGGCCGCCACUCUGAGCGCCGACACCAGCGACACGGUCUUCAUGCUUCUCACUAAGUUUGACGUCUCGCAGUGGCUGAGUGUCGCCCGCCCUCCCCUGCCGUGGCGGAGCGAGCUGCUGGCAGGGGUGUGUGCGGCGCUGUGCACGUGCGGCGCCCAGCCCUCGGCGGAGAUGGUGGCGUCGUCCGGGCUGCUCCGCUCGCACUGGCGCAAGCUGCUGGCGCACCACUUCCCUGACCACUAUGGCGAGACUCUCCGGAUGCUCGUCGAUGGAUCGGACGAGCAGAAGCUGAGCCCGGAGGUUUGGAGCGACGUGCUGCUCACUCUGGGCUGCACGGAGGCCGGCCCAAACGAAGCCUGUACAGCACCAGCCGCCACCGUCACCACUGCGACCGCUGCCGCUGCUAUCACCAUUGAGUCGGAUCGCGCGGGGUUGCUGUCCGACGUGCAGGUGCGGGAGACGAUGGAGUGGCUUGCGCGGCAGCUGCUGGCACUGCGCCUCUUGCGCCAGGGCCGCCGCAGCUUCGGCCUCUACUCCGCAUGGCGCCCGUACGUUCCGGCCAUUGCCUCGCUCUGCGGGUUCCUGGGCCGGAACCUCCUCCGAGCCGAGAGGGCGCGGCUGGUGCGGAACGGCAAGGCCGGCACGCCCGAUGCGGAGGCCGCUGUUCAGUCGAUUUAUUCGCUGUUGACUGAUCUCUUCAAACCAUGGAUCCUGUACUUGGAAACAGGCGACAAAAGUUGCCCACGGAGUUCUCCGUGGCUCGACGUUGACUCCGCUCUCGCCUGCACCAUGGUCCACCUCUUCUGCGACUGCGUGCGUGCGCUGCACGAGCUCUUUGGCGAUAUGCUGCGAUUUGGAGGCAAGGGCAGCCUCUGGCUGCACUGGCAGCACUACUGCAGCACCAUGGCACAGCCUGGCAUCCCUGAUCACGUGCUGGCUGUCUACCACUCCGAGUUUUCUGCGCUGCCCUGGGCUCACUUCCAGCCGGACAUUCAGGCCAUGCAGGCCUUCUUCAAGGUGGAGUGCGGGGGGCAGGCGAGCUGCUUCCGCUUCCUGGGCUCGGCGCUGUGCCAGGUGAACUGGCUCGAAGUGCUGGCUGGCGCCUGGGGCCCCUUCCCGAGCGGAGAGACGUGCGCCAUGCUGACGUACCUCCUGUACACGCUGGCCGCGCUCGCAAGAGAGAGCAGCUUCCUCGACGCACCCGAUGGCCCCCUGCCGAUCCUAAUGGCGCAGGCAGCCGCCUUCCCCUGGCAGCUGGUGGAUCCCGCCGCAUACGAGUCGGUGGCCAAGUACGUGGGCGGACACUUCCAGGCAUCGCUGGUGCUGGGCGCGCCCGGGGACGCCGCCUCGCGCCUCCUGCCCGUGCUCAAGGCGGCCGCCGGGCUCACGCCGGGAACUUGCGCUGGCCCACACCCCGACGCGUUGCUCAAGUGCCGGGCGUAUGUGAAGCUGCUGGUGGGGCUGCUCUCCAAGGAGAUCGCUCACCCCAACGCCGCCGCCACCCUCACCGGCCUGCUGGAGGACGUCCAGAACUUCGCUCCACCAGGCUUGGACGUGCAGACCCUGUAUACCAUCCACACAGAACUGGUGGUGGAGCUGCUGGUCUUGCUGAACCAGGGCAGCCUAGAGAAGUCGGCGCCCCUCGUGAGUGGCCUGACCGCGUGGCUCGAUGGGCACCCACACAGCCCACUCGUGCUGCCCGUACUCACUGCUGCUUGUCGCAGCCUGGCGUCCGUGCGGCACAUGGCCGAGCUCGUUGAGACCAGCAUCGCUGCACACUUUGCAGGCAUCCAGGCGGCGCAGGGGAGCGAGGCUUGGGCGCCCGUACUCUCCGCCCUGCACAUGCCCGAGCUGACGCUCAAGGCGUUUGUAGACGAGUGCAUGUCGCUGGGUGCGUUCCUCACACUGCACGCUCAUCUGCUGCAGCUGCAGCACCGCAACGAGACGCUGGUUUACGAGAUGCAGCUGCUGUUGCAGGUCGUGGGGUGGAUCGCGUGCGCCGUGCCCAAGACUAUCUCCCAAGAGCCCAAGCUGCUGCUGUGGUGGCACAAAGCGUUGGAACUGCUGCUUUUGCAGCUGCAGCACAACAAGAAGCUGCCGCUGGGAGAGAUGGCUCGCGUCCUCCGAAGCCUUGUGUCUUCCCUAACCCAGCUGGCCGAGGAGCGAGUCAUGUCGGGUCUGCUCGGGGUGCUGGGUCUGGGUCACAAGUCCCCGCUGUCGCCCAGGUUCCGGCUGGCGGCACGGAGCAUGGCCGUCUUCCUGCAGGCACAGCUCGUUGACGAGCACACCCUGCGUCUGCAACCAAGCUCCCUGCUGCAGCUGACCCCCCGCGCCGCACAGGCACUGUCUUCCUUGGAGGCGCUCGGAUUGAACAAGCAGUACGUGGAAUUCCAGGGUGAAAUCCAGGGUGUGUGCCAAUUCACCCGAGAGCACCAACACUGCCUGCACGACGCCAACCACCUUCUCGCCACGUUAGCCACCGCGCUGUUUCCUUCUGUCCGAUAUUUGGACAUCAUCCGAUCCUAGCCUCAGAUCCAAGUGCGCCGCUGCUGCUGCUGAUACUACAUUAUAAUCGGAUGUGUGUUGUGCUAUAAGUGCAAUGUUAUGGAGAAUUGGGGAUUUGCAGAUCUCCGUUAUGUCGGAAGUGUGAAGUGCAAUGAUUUGUGUAAACCUUUUAGAAAAAUUAAGAACAAUGUUUUAAGUGCCGUAAGAGGCCACGAGACCUCAAUACUUUGUAAUAAUGUAAAAAAUAGUGUAUAUAAAGCACAAAAAGCCAACUGCAGUAAUGUAUCAUUUAUUGAAAACAGCGUUAUCAUCGACUGACUUCAAUCUCACACUAAAAGAUGAUAAUAAACGGUGAAGUCUGAACACAGGAGUCUGAGCUUUCUAACAAAAGGAGGGAAGCCACAGUGGGUAAUGCAACGUACAGCGAAGUGGCAGCCUUGUUAUGACGCAUCAGGAGCUAAGGGUUUCACGUCGUAUAGGAGCUUCACAAAGAAGCCUCAAUUUCUGUUUAAAAUGUUGUCUUCAGUGACUGCUGGUUUGAUUGAAUAUUGUGCAUCUUUUCCUUCGAGAAAAGGUUCAGAUGGGCCAAAUAUGCAAACGACACAAAACUGCUGGGCUCAGAACCUUGAAGGCUUGAUUUCAGUGCAGUUCUGAACAUAAUUAUGAAGCGUGCCUUAGGUAUAUUUAUAUAUUUUUUAUAUACUCUAUGGAUUUUAAUCAUUUAAAUUUGAAGUACUAUAUUACAGGAUAUUCAUUACUGCUAGAUUAAAAAAAAGAACACA